GAGUGGGGACAGGGACGGGACAGAUGCCUGAUCCCCAAGGGGAGGGAAGGAUGGGGGGGCGGAGACCAGACUGUGCUGCCUGCGGCUCCGAGGAGUCGGCCGGGGGGGCGCGGAGGAAGAUCUGCAUGCGGGGGCCUCUGAGCUCUUGUCCCAUCAACGAGCAUUUUAUCCAGAGCCGGACUCCUGGAUCUAGGACCGCCAGACAGAGCCCAGGGUCAAAGGUUCCCGUGUCCCAGCGGGCAAAGCUGCGGGUGGGGGACACUUGUUUCUGAGGAUCAGAGCUGGGGAGAGGGCAGGAGGUCUGGGAUCCCCGGAGACAGAGGGCAGGAGGUCUGGGAUCCCCGGAGACAGAGGGCAGGGGCGGGGAAGAGAGUGCCUAAAUCCCGGAGCGGCGGAGCCGCAGGCUGGGGGACUCCUGGGUCCAGGAAAAUAAGAACUGAUAAAAUAGCCCGCAGGAAGAUUAAAGCGGACAGAAGCCGGUCCCCGAAGCGCCAGCGCGCAGGGGCUGGGGACUCCGGGGUGGGAAGGUCCCGGGGAUGGAAGGGAUUUCGGAGCUCGGGGCAGGACUGGGGCAUUCCCGGAUCGGGGACAGAGGUGACAGAGAGGCCGGAGGGACUCCGAGGUCAGAAUGGGGGGGGGGGGGCGAGCAGACUUCUGGGUUCUCCCGGUCCUGGGACAGGGCGUGCCAGGGACCCCUCUGGCCCUGGGACUUCCCCCGCCCUAGUCGAGGGACUUGGGGCCGAACAGGGAUUCCCCUUCCGCGGGGAUUCCGUGGUCACUGCGCUUGGCUGCCCUCCUCCCCCCCUCCCUUUGUGCUGGACACCUGGAUCCCCGGGGAGGGCGGGUGGAAGAUUCCCCUGCGCAGGGGUGACGAUGGAGUGACGUCAUCGCGUUCUUUCCGGACUCCUUUCCGAAACCGCCCGCCUCCACUUUAACUCUUCCUCUGCCGGACUCCAGGGAAUUGGAGGGGAGGGAGGUUCGGGCCGCCUGGGCCGUUUGGUACCGGGGGAAGAGCUGAGUUUCUGGACGCUGAGUCCUCUCGGAGACAGGGACUAGAAGCCCGCUUCAUAGAUUCUCGAACUAAAAGCACGCUUAAGGGGUCAUCCAGGCCCGCGCUCUUAAUUUGAGAAAGAAACCGAAGCCCGGGUUAGAAGCGGGGAAUCCGGCCUCCGGCCCCAAAUUCUUUCCGGGCAAUCGCCGAGGGGGCGGAGGCCGUUUCAUCUUGGACUCGACAUCCUCGGCGCCAAAUAUUGUUGUGCCCGACACAUUAAUGAACUGAGUGGCCGUGUUCCCUGAGAGAUAAGGGCGGGGGAGGGGGCUGAGAGCUUCGAAAGCCUCUCGCGUCCCUGAAUUAGGGAUAGGGAUGCGGAGGCUGCGGGGAGAGGAAGCUUUAGGUGCGCUGAAGCAAGAGAUGCGGGGACUGAUGCUCGGAUGUCACCGAAAUCCAGAGCUGGGCCAUGACGAGCUUGGGUCCCAGAGAAGGAGACCCAGAGAAGGGUCCCAGACGGGGGGGCGGGAGGCGAGCAGAAGCUAGGGUCCCCGGGCCGGGAUGUGGGCGGGGCAGACAGCCGGCUCCGGGGGAGACACGCUCCGGGGCUCUGGAUAAGGGUUCGGCCGCCUCCCCGGUUUCCAAGACGUGGGGAGAGGGAGGUGGGGUCGGGAGGAAACUGCGGCGGAGCGGGUGGGGGGAGAGCCUCCGCGUGGGGACACUGCCCCGGUUUUCCGUGAGAGGCAGGGAAGAAGAGGGGGAGGGGCCCCUCCUUGAUCUUGGACUCCCGAUAACCCUCUCCCUUGGGCUCUCCUCCCUCCCUGCUCCCACCCCCACAGUGAGCCGGGGCGAGCGCAGCCACUGCCCGUCUCAGACUGUGAAGAAACUGCUGGAGGCGCAAAGGCGGCGGAGGCAAUCUGGCACCAGCUACCAGCCUCAGGGGCAAGUCCCUGCGAUCUCUGCAAAUGACGCCGAACCAGGUCUGGGCCCCUUCCCAGGGGCUCCGGAAGUUCAGGUGGCGGGCCUUGGGGCCCCGUCGGCUCCCCCGGCGCAGGCCCCGGGCUGGGACCUGGAAGCCAGUGCCUUGUACCCCGACUGCCCCUACCACUACCCACCCUCGGCCGAAGCCUUCUUCAGCUUCCCCCCCGCGGAUCCCGGGGGGCUGGCUUCCUUCCCCGCCCUCCUGGAGGGCCCUGUGGAUGCCGCCGGACUGUAUGGGGAGCCAAACCCGCCUCCGGCCGGCCCCUGGGGAGUCCCGGGGCCCCCCCAGCUCCUGGCUCCACAAGGAGCUUCCCUGGAGGCCGCGCGGGCGCAGGUUCAUGCCUUAGGGCUGCAGCGGCUGCUGACCCAGGAUGAGGAGGGGGACACGCUUCUUCACCUGUUUGCGGCCCAAGGUCUCCGCUGGUCAGCCUAUGCCGCGGCUGAGAUGCUGCAGGGCUACGGACAGCUGGACAUCCGGGAACACCAGGGAAAGACGCCCCUCCUUGUAGCCGCCACAGCCAACCAGCCGCUGAUUGUCCAGGACCUGUUAACCCUGGGAGCUGACCCCAAUGCUACUGACCACCGUGGCCGGACCAUCCUGCACCUGGCCGCCACUUACGGCCUGCCUGGGGUCCUCACGGCUGUGUUUAACUCAGGGAUUCAGGUAGACAUGGAGACCAGGGACUUUGAGGGUCUCACCCCGCUGCAUGCUGCUGUGCUCUCCCUUAACGAGGUCACCCAGCAGCCAGCCUGCGGCCCCAGGACAAUGACCGUCCCAGCACGGGACAGGCUGGCCUGUGUCCAGAUGCUGUUAGAGAUGGGGGCCGACCACACCAGCCAGGAAUUCAAGAGUAAUAAGACAGUGCUGCAUCUGGCCGUCCAGGGAGCCAAUCUCGCCCUCGUGCAGAUGCUGCUGGACCUGCCCAGUGGGGAUCCGAGGGCCUUUGUGAACAUGAAGGCCCACGGGAACACAGCCUUGCACAUGGCAGCCGCCCUGCCCCCAGGAUUCCCCCAGGAGCCUAUCAUUCGGGGGCUCCUGGCGGCUGGGGCAGAUCCCGCCCUGCGCAAUCUGGAGAAUGAGCAGCCGGCGCACCUGCUGAGCCCCGGACCGGCCUCGGAAGCACUUCGGCAGCUGUUGAAGAGAAGCCGGCCCCCACCUCUGGCCUCCUCCUCAUAGGACUCACGGCCCAUUACUCGGACUGGUUCUUCAGUCCACAUCUGUUCAACCUCCCUGUCCCUGAGGGACAACCAAGCGUAUGCUCGUGUAUGCAAACCUAGGAUAAUUUAUUGGAUCCCUAUCCAACGCUGACCUGCCCCCGGCCUGGGGAGUCUUACAUUAAAACUCCCGGGGGGAGGCGGCCUGGAAGGGAAGCUGGGGGAGGGGGAGCCUGUGCUGAUUUCUGUGAAAUCGAAAGCCCCCCGACUUGUUUCUGUGAAACAGACUUAGCCCCAGACGUUCCAGCCAACCCUCCGACCCUCUAAUUAAAUUUGAUUGGGACCCGAA